CCUCGGAGGAAGCCCGGAGUGGCCGGCCUUAACUCACGCGGCAGCCCACGUGCCGGUCCCCGGCUGAGCGCUGGCAGUUUUUCAUACCAAUCAAGAAAAUUCUGUUUCCAGAGACAAGCACCACAGAUCUCCAGUUGCUUUUAUUUAUUGACAUUCUGAUCUGGAUCAUGCCCAAGAAAGGAAGGAGACAGACUGGAACAGUGGAGGAACACCAGACACCCUGCAAGCAAGCAAGAGGUGAAGCCGUGUGCCCUUUGCUUAUGAAAUGUGACCAUCCAGAAAAUGUAUUUGAGAGUCUGAUCUUUCCUGUCAAACAAGAGGAAUUUUUCAGAGACUACUGGGAGCAGAAGCCACUGCUUCUUAAGAGAGAGGACCCCUCCAUGGCAUCCUGCUAUCGGUCUCUGUUUCAGUUAAAUGACCUGAAAAGCUUAGUCAGUCAGGGUUUAUGUUAUGGAAGGGAUAUUAAUGUCUGCAGAUGUGUGAACGGGAAAAAGAAGAUUUUUAACAAAGAUGGCAAAGUCAACUACAGACAGCUAAAGAAAGAUUUUGAUCACAAAAAAGCUACAAUACAAUUUCAUCAACCCCAGCGAUUCAAGGAUGAACUCUGGAGAAUCCAGGAGAAAUUGGAAUGCUUCUUUGGCUCACUGGUUGGAUCUAAUGUUUAUAUUACCCCUCCAGGGUCCCAAGGCCUGCCUCCACACUAUGAUGAUGUUGAGGUGUUUAUUCUACAGCUGGAAGGAGAGAAGCACUGGCAGCUGUACCAACCCACUGUGAAUCUGGCUCAAGAAUACAAUGUUGAACCUGAGGAUAGAAUAGGAACUCCAACACAUGACUUCUUAUUAAAGCCUGGAGAUCUAUUAUAUUUUCCAAGAGGAACCAUUCAUCAAGCUGACACACCUCCCGGGGGGUCUCAUUCUACCCAUGUGACCAUCAGCACAUUUCAGAACAACUCUUGGAGAGAUUUCUUGUUGGAUGUCAUUCCUGGACUUGUGUUGGAAUCAGCAAAAGACAACAUUGACUUUCGGAGGAGCAUACCAAGACAGUUACUGAUGAAAAUGGAUUUAUCUGAAUCAUCUAAGAGAUUAAGUGGUUUCCUGAGACAUCUUGCAGACCAACUGGAAAAUGGCAGAGAGCUGAAGUCAUCUGACAUGAAAAAAGAUUUCGUUAUGAACAGACUACCUCCAUUCUUGGGGACUAGCCUGGAUUCUUUGACUCCAGGAGGCAAGAUACCCAGAGUUGACAGCACAAUCAGAUUACAGUUUAAAGAGUACACUGUAAUUACAGUGGAGCCAGAUCAAGAUCCUUCGGAUGAUACACAUAAAGAGAUGAUUUACAUCUAUCACUCCUUAAAGAACAAGAGAGAAGCCCACAUGAUGGGGGAUGAAGAUACGAGUGAAGAAGGAAUACCCCAGACUCAUGGGUUACGGUUUCCACUCUCCCAUAUGGAUGCGUUGAAGCAAAUCUGGAGCUGCGAUGCCAUGUGUGUGAAGGAAUUGAAUCUGGCUUCAGAUGCAGAGAAAGAAAACUUGGCAGUAUCACUGUGGAGUGAGUUGCUUAUUGAAAUAAUCUGAAGGUGUAAACUGGCCGAAGUUGUGCAGUUUGAGUUACUUGUCUAUUUCACUGGGAGAAUUAAAGCAUAAUCCAUCCAAAGUUAAAAAUGCUUAAAGUCUGCCAGUACUGCAAGAACAAAAUGUUGCCUCUCAAGUUUAUGAAGGCUUCUUUCAUACAUGAACAGAAUUGAUUAUGUAUUCUAAAUACUCUCAGGAGUUAUUUUGUAUACUGAUAAAAAACCCCUGAGAAUGUAUACUGACCUGUAACACAUACAUUUUUAAAAAAAUUAAAAAUGGAAGAGGUCGCUUUUUGAUUUUUUGAGAUGUAGAAUGAGAGCAUCAGUAAGAAUGUAAAACCUCUGAAGCUGUUGGGUGGGACUUUGCCUAGUGUUGUGGUGAACAUGAAGAACUACUGUACUAAAAGAUUUAGACAUUUAUUUUCUCAAGUGAACUACUGAAUAGUAGAUAGUG